GGAUUGACAGCGGAAGAGUUACUUGUACCAGUAUGGCGCUUCCCCAUUCGGGCCAUCGGAGCAAAAGACACCGCCCAAGGAGAAAGAGUCAAAGGCCAAGUUUGUCCCUCGCCAACUUAGAAACGGGCAACUUCACGCGGGAGUCACAUUUGAAACUUUUGACAGCAACAACACCAGUACACGCUGCCUCCUUUACAGGAGCCAAUUCAGUGAGCUCACUGGCGGAAGUAGCUCUUCUUUGAUCGGCCUGACUUCACACAUCAAUUGUCUUGCGAUCGCGAAGUAUUAUUCUAUUAUCUCGCUCGUUUUCUUUAUUCUUAGACCGAUUGGGCUGUUCACAGCUGCUCAUAUUGACUGUCGCGAGCUGAACGUGCUCAGAAGCCGUGAUUCAUCAUGACGACAAAGGAGACAGUGAGGGAGUCACUGCUCGGCAGCAGAGCUACGCCGCAGCUCUCGAGGCAGGCCCGGGCUACGUUUGAGAGGCAUGCGAAAAAGGAUAAGGAGACUGGAGAGCUCUACAUGACCGAGGAUGAUUUUGUCGAUGCGAUUGCUCCUCGUGGAGAAGAUUACCACAAGAUCAAACGCGAGCAAUAUGGAAUCCUCUUUCGUGUCGCCGACCGUCGAAACUUGGGGAAAGUUAGCAUGCAAGAUUGGGGCACCUUUGAGAAUCUGUUGACCAAAGCAGAUGCCGAAUAUGAGAUUGCUUUUCGAUUAUUCGACCUUGACGGAACUGGUUCUGUCAAGUACGAAGAUUUCAUGAGACUCUAUAAUCUCAACAAAGGAGCUGGAAAUAUUCCAUUUGAUUGGAACUGCGAAUGGGCUUCGCUCUACAUUGGAGGCAGAAAAAGGCGCCAUGACAUGACGUACCCGCAAUUUUCACAGAUGCUUAGAGGUCUGCAGGGAGAACGGAUCCGACAAGCCUUUCAUUUUUUUGAUAAGGAUGGCGACGGGUACAUUGACCCCCAGGAUUUCCAGCGUAUUAUCCUAGAGACGGCGAAGCACAAACUCUCUGAUCACAUCCUCGAUAAUCUGCAGACUCUUUGUAAUAUCUCCGCUGGUACCAAAAUCUCUUACGCCAACGUGCGCGCUUUUCAAAAUGUCAUUCGAGAGAUGGAUCUGAUUGAUUUGAUCCUGCGCAAUGCCACAACGAAGAGCGGAGACGGCAAAAUUACCCGAACAGACUUUUUGAACGAAGCCGCGAGGAUCACGCGUUUUUCUCUUUUUACGCCCAUGGAGGCGGACAUUCUUUUCCACUUUGCGGGAAUGGAUGAGCCAUCGGGACGUCUGGCCCUUGCCGACUUUGCCAAGGUCGUUGAUGCUUCUUGGCAGAAUGCUUAUAUCAUGGGAGAAGAGGCAGGUGAAGCUGCUGCCACGGCAGCUGCAAAGGCUCUGUCAACGACCAAGGCAAUCUUGCAUCGCAUGGCCGAGUCUGCUCAUCAUUUCGCUCUUGGAAGCGUCGCUGGAGCUUUCGGUGCCUUUGUGGUCUAUCCGAUCGAUCUGGUCAAGACUCGGUUGCAAAACCAACGGAGCGCACGUGUAGGAGAGCUCUUGUAUAAGAAUUCGAUAGAUUGUGCGUCAAAGGUCGUGCGGAACGAAGGAAUAAGAGGACUUUACUCCGGUGUCAUCCCACAACUGAUUGGUGUGGCUCCAGAAAAGGCCAUCAAACUCACAGUGAACGAUCUCAUCCGGGAGAAAUUCACAGAUAAGAAAACUGGAAGAAUCUGGUGGGGGUGGGAGGUGCUUGCAGGUGGCUGCGCUGGUGGCAGUCAAGUGAUCUUCACCAAUCCCCUUGAAAUCGUUAAGAUUCGGCUUCAGGUCCAGGGCGAAGCUUUGAAGAGCUCUGAGAACGCACCUCGCCGGUCAGCAAUGUGGAUCGUCAAGAACCUGGGUAUCUUGGGCUUGUAUCGAGGAGCAAGCGCAUGCUUAGCACGCGACGUACCCUUCUCCGCGAUCUACUUCCCAACCUACAACCACCUCAAAAGAGAUUAUUUUGGGGAGUCCCCCAAUAAACGACUAGGAAUCCUACAGCUACUCACGGCAGGCGCGAUUGCGGGUAUGCCCGCAGCCUACUUGACCACACCUUUCGACGUGAUCAAGACCCGUUUGCAGGUUGAGGCGCGUAAAGGCGAGACGAAAUACCGGAACUUGCGCCACUGUGCAGCGACCGUCUUCAAGGAGGAGGGAAUCAAGGCUUUCUUCAAGGGUGGACCCGCUCGUGUGCUGCGAUCUUCUCCGCAGUUUGGUUUCACGCUGGCGGCUUACGAGGUGCUGCAGCAUUUGGUACCCAUGCCCGGCACGGCAGCUGCCCGACCUGACGCACGUGGCUAUGCCGAGCCUAGUGUGGGGUUGCAGGAGGCCAGAGCGCCAUUACCUUUUCUGCGGAGUCGGAAUGCCCUCAAAAUCAUUCUGGACAUUGACCAAGAUUUUGGAAAGAUUAAGGCACCGGCUGGAAAAUCCUGGCUUGGAUUACCAAAGUUGACCUCGAAAGGAAUGGUCGAAGCGGCAUAGAUUUACGCAAAGUUAUGACACAAGGUUAUCGGCAAUGGGCGUUAUCUGGUUCAUUUGUUUUUUUUUUUUUUUUCUCUCUCUGCGUCAUCUGCACAAAAGCUGUAACCCAAACUUCGUGGGAAGUAUCAGCUCCCUUGACUUGUACCUUAUCAAACGGACGCACGGCGAGAGAAGAGAUAGGGUCAACUGAUCAUCGCUGCUGUCAGUUCUCGAAGCGACAUUAUUCUUUUUUUUUUUUCCCCCGACCAGGUCAUGGCGCCUUCGACCUGGUCUAUGCACUGUUGACAGGGCUUCAUUUCCAUGGUGCUCAUCCAUGCAAUCUACGGUAAAUAGGCACGCCCCGCUCCUACGCAUGGUGGUACAGUGCACUUUUCAGAUAUGACCACAUAGUAGCGAACAUAGUAAAAAUAAGAUAGGGUUGACAAUUGCCCUUUAGCAUUGCCAGGCGUGGUGGGGGUG